GGUUCCAGCUCAGGCUCAGAGAAUUUCUCUCAUAGCAUCCUAAAUUGAGGCCUCCUCCAUCUCCACCAGCCCCGCCUCCGCCCCUGCCCUCCCCUCCCCUCCCCUCCCGACUCCCAAAGACCCUCUGAGAAGGGAGGCCCAGUUAGAGGAGGGGGGGGAGGGGGGAGGGGAAUACAAGGAGGAAAGAGAAACCACCUAGAGGGGGAGGGGCGAAGACCGGAGCCUGAGAAAGUGGAAAGAGGGCCAAAUGGCAGCGGAGAAGAGGGAAGAUAUGCGGGGGAAGGUGAAGCCUGAGGAGGCUGCGGGAAAGUUGGAGAGAAAGCAGGGAAGCGGGGAGGAUGCCGGGAAGAAGGAAACAGCGUGAUGGCGGUGGAGAGGCUCCAGGAAGCCUCGCAGAGACUGGGCAGAAGGAGGCUUCCUUGACAGGCUACGGAGAAAGGGAUCCCGACACCGGAAAAGGCCCGGAUCUGGCUGGACCGGACCAGGAUCCCCCUUCGGGCCUCCUCCCGGCAUCUUCCUGACUGGCUUCGGGAAGCAGAGCCAGAGAAAGACCCCAUCGGAGCACCAGAGCCCACCUGGAGAUCGAUCUGCUACCCAGAAUACCCCGCGCGGUGCCCUCGAGGCCCCCCUCCUGCCUCGCACAAAGCGGGAAUGCAGAGACCCCAAGGAAAGCGCAGCGCCCCGAGCUGUGUUAGGAGAGAGAAGAGCUGGGAACUGGGGACGCCGGAGGCCCCGGGAAAGCCAGGAGACCCGAGCGCCCUACAGGAGCCUGGAGUCCCAGGGAUGGCCUUGGAGAGGGACAGACACACAGCCCGGGAGGUGGUGACAUUCCAGGAUGUGGCUGUGGACUUCACACGUGAGGAGUGGCGCCUCUUGACCCCUCCCCAGAAGGAUCUGUACAAGGAGGUGAUGCUGGAGAAUGCCCGGAACCUGCUAACAGUGGGGCUUUCAGCUCCCCCACAAGAAGUGAUCUCUUAUUUGGAGCAGAGGGAAGUCCAGUGGAUGCUGGAGCCAGAAGGCCUGCUAAGCUGCUGCCCAGAAGGAGAGAUCAGACCUGAAAUGAAGACAAAUUCAACAGAGGGUAGCUAUCCUGUGGAAGAAAUGGACUUACAACGAUACAUACAUAGAGAUCCUGAUGACUUUGCUUCUAGGGAAUUCUGUGUUUCCCUUCAAAAUUCAUCUCAUAUUGAAAAUCAAAGAAUGCAACCUGAGGAAAAAUCUAGUGAAAACAAUCAGUGUAGAAAGACUUUUAUACAUAGAUCCAGUGUUGCGGGACAUGAUAGAAUCCAUACUAGCAAGGACUCUUAUGAAUGCAAGCAAUAUGGAAAUACAUUCAGUGAGAGCUCCAAUUUUGCUGGAUAUCAGAGAAUCUACUGUGGGGAGAAACCUUAUGAAUGUAAUCAAUGUGUAAAGGCGUUCAGUAUGAGUUCCCAUCUUGCUAUACAUCAGAGAAUCCACACAGGGGAGACACCUUAUGAAUGUAAGCAAUGUGGUAAGACAUUCACUCAGAGGUCCUGUCUUGCUGUACAUCAGAGAAUGCACAAUGGGGAGAAACCUUAUGAAUGCCAGCAGUGUGGAAAGACAUUCACUCGCACCUCCAGUCUUGCUAUACAUCAGAGAAUCCACACUGGGGAGAAACCUUAUGAAUGCAAGCAAUGUGGGAUGACAUUCAAUCAGAGAUCCCAUCUUGCUGUACAUCAGAGGAUGCACACUGAGGAGAAACCUUACGAAUGCAAGCAAUGUGGGAAGACAUUCAAGCAGAUGUCCUAUUUUGCUGUACAUCAGAGGAUGCACACCGAGGAGAAACAUUACGAAUGCAAGCAAUGUGGAAAGACAUUCAAGAGGAGGUCCUGUCUUGCUGUACAUCAGAGAAUGCACACUAGGGAGAAACCUUAUGAAUGCAAGCAGUGUGGAAAUACAUUCACUUGCACCUCCAGUCUUGUUGUACAUCAGCGAAUUCACACUGGGGAAAAACCUUAUGAAUGUAAGCAAUGUAGAAAGACAUUCACUCAUACCUCCAGUCUUGCUAUACAUCAGAGAAUGCACACUGGGGAAAAACCUUAUGAAUGCAAGCAAUGUGGAAAUACAUUCACUUGCACCUCCAGUCUUGUUGUACAUAAGAGAAUGCACACUGGGGAGAAACCUUAUGAAUGUAAACAAUGUGGAAAGACAUUCACUCACACCUCCAGUCUUGCUGUACAUCAGAGAAUGCACACUGGGGAAAAACCUUAUGAAUGUAAGCAAUGUGGAAAGACAUUUACUCACACCUCCAGUCUUGCUGUACAUCAAAGAAUGCACACUGGGGAGAAACCUUAUAAUUGCAAGCAAUGUGGAAAGACAUUCAACCAGAGGUCCCAUCUUGUUGUACAUCAGAGAAUGCAUACUGGGGAGAAACCUUAUGAAUGCAAGCAGUGUGGAAAGACAUUCAACCAGAGGUCCCAUCUUGCUGUACAUCAGAGAAUGCACACUGGGGAGAAACCUUAUGAAUGCAAGCAGUGUGGAAGGACUUUUACAUGUACCUCUAAUCUUGCUAAACAUCAGAGAAUGCACACUGGGGAGAAACCUUAUGAGUGCCGGCAUUGUGGAAAUACAUUCACUUCCACCUCCAGUCUUGUUGUACACCAGAGAAUUCACACUGGGGAGAAACCUUUUGAAUGCAAGCACUGUGGAAGGACUUUCACAUAUACCUCCCAUCUUGCUAAACAUCAGAGAAUUCAUACUGGGGAGAAACCUUAUGAAUGUAAGCAGUGUGGAAAUACAUUUACUUGCACCUCCAGUCUUGUUGUACAUCAGAGAAUUCACACUGGGGAGAAACCUUAUGAAUGUAAGCAAUGUGGAAAGACAUUCACUCACACCUCCGGUCUUGCUGUACAUCAGAGAAUUCACACUGGAGAGAAGCCUUAUGAAUGCAAUCAGUGUGGAAAGACUUUCACAUGCACCUCCAGUCUUGCUGUACAUCAGAGAAUUCACACUGGGGAGAAACCUUAUGAAUGUAAGCAAUGUGGAAAGACAUUCACAGAUUACUCCAGUCUAGCUAGACAUCAGAGAAUCCACACUGGGGAGAAACCUUAUGAAUGCAAGCAAUGUGGAAAGACAUUCAAUCAGAGGUCCUAUCUUGCUACACAUCAGAGAACCCACCUGGGAAAAGUCUUGUGAAUGCCAGUGGUGUGGAAAGACAUUUAGUUGUCGCUUCAAUCAUGCUAUAUGUGAAAAACAUACUAGGGAGAAACCUCAAAAAUGAAAACUCUGUGGAAAGGUGUUCAUUUUCAGCUCCAGUCUUACUAUGUUGUGGAGGAAAUUUCCAUCCAAUUUCAGGCAGCAUAGUAGAAUUCGAAAUCUGUUACCCUAGAAACUGAUUCUCUACUUCCCAUUCAUCCUGUUCUUACAUGCUGGCACAGACAGGAUAUAAUUUUGUUGGAGCCCUGCCUCUCAUGCUUCUCUACCUGUUAGGGUAGCUGAGAACAUGGGGAAUUUUUGAGCAGCUAGAAAAACUCAAGUCACAUGGUUCUAUUUUAAAACUAAUUGAAUAUUUUGUGUUAAUCCAAAUCUCAUGUGUUUUAAAAUAAUCAACAAUGUAUAAAACAGGAUACAGGCACUGAAUUUAAAAGUACUUUUCUUAAAUUCCAAUAUCUGUUGUUAUAGAGCUUUAUUUACUAUUCAGAAAGGAAUGAAUUGACACAGCAAUGGUGUCUACAGAACUCCAAAUUCAACUCCAGACUCCAGCUUCCUUCACCUCCCUAGUGUCACCGUCCACCCACAUUUCAUAGGUCACCUCUCUGUGAUCUCCCAUAUUGAGGUAGAGUUCUGCACUGAGUAUAGUGUGGAGGAAUCUCAUUUUGGAUGUGUUGUAAAGAGUGGGCAGGCCAAAAUGCCAAGGCUGUCUAGGGAGAUGAAUUUCUCCCCUGAAUUUUAGGAUACUCUAGGUAAUUAAAAGGACCAGUGCUGCCAGGAAAGGUAGUUAUUUGAGAUAAGUAAUUCAUGCUUCUUCCAUAGAGUAGGCCAUUUUUGCAAUUCUACUUCCUGUCUGUACUUUGGAGGAGUAAUCUUCCUUGCCCUCUAGCGGUAAAUGCCAGAGGCCAAUUGUUUCCAGGAAGCUGCUUUUAGGCCAUGUGGCUGGGGGCAAAAAUAAGGUUUAAGUGGCUUCCAAGCUUGAAACCACAUGGAGGCUUGGAAAAAGGAAAAGAGUAGACUUCAGAGAGCAAAAUAGGGCUAAAAUCUGUUAAUUUUACCUCAGUGAUCAAUACCCUCUAAUAAGAAAAGUUUAAAAGUCCUAAGGGAAAUGAUUUCUAAGGAUAUACCAAAACAUUUAUGGUUCUUUUUGAGGUGACAAAGAAUGGAAACCUCAGAGAGAGACCAUCAAUUGAGGAAUGGAUGGACCAGUUAUAGUAUAUAAUUGUGAUAGAACACUAUUGUGUUGUCAGAAAUGCUUGAGGAGAUUGGAAGAGAAAGGAAAGAAAAGAAAUAAGCAUUUGUAGAGUACCCAUUUUGUGCCAGAGCAAGAGAAAAAUGUGAUCUCUGCCCUCCCUCAUGGAUCUCACAGACUAACAGAGACAAUAUGUAAGUAACUGCACACCUAUAAGGUACCCUGGAAGGUAUCUCUACUUUCCUUUUUCCGUGUUUCUCUUUCAUUCCAAGUGACAAGCUUUCAUAAUCCUGGGAAGAGGUCUCUUACCUUCCCCUCCCCUUUCCCCCAGCCAAGGGAAAGAGAAAGAUGAGAUUCUCCAUCCCAGACUCGUUAGUCACUGGGUCUUAUUUUCUAAAUACUUGAUCACAGACUUUUGAUUUGGUCACCUUGAAUGUUGGGAUAUCUGAGUUAACUGGAUACAAUUUAGGGAUUGGUAACCAACAUGUGCAAUAGUUCCAAUAACAGCCCAUCCUUGGAGGCCAAUCUUGCUUCUGUUACUAUGUCUGGCCUUCAUAUGGAGAAUAAGACUGAUUACACCUGUUAUAAAUCCUUAGAGGCCAAGGAUCCCUUGAAGGUUAUUUUUCACAGAAGACCAGGCUCCUGAGAAGGUGAUAUAGAACCCUUCCCUACUCUCCACUUGUGUGAUCCAUCAUUUAUUCAGUCACUACAAUAUCUUGUGACUGUGAACAGAGCCCUUAUACUGAGCUAGAAAGGAGCACUAUUUAUUUCCUACAUCCAGAGUGGACCUGGAAUACUUCUAAGAAAACAUGUUAACAAGAUGGUUGUCAUAGGGAAGGUUUGAUUACUCUCUCUCUCUUUCUUUGAUUGAUCAUUGUAUUAUUAAUUAAAUUUCUCUAUAAAACUCA